AACAAGUUAUCUAGUCAUAUCCCCAGACCAAUAUCAGGUGGAUCAAUGAAGCCGACAAGGACCCUAGGACCAGCAGUUGCUAGUUCUUACUACAAGGGACUUUGGGUGUAUUUCAUUGGGCCAGUAAUCGGAACUCUGUUGGGGGCAAGGUCCUAUGGUUUCAUCAGGGAGACUGAUAAGCCUGUCCAGGGAAUCUCCCCACGAUCAUUCUCCCUCAAGCUCCAUCGCAUGAGGAGGAGCACUGAGGAAAGUGUUUCCAACAAAGACCCUGACACUUCUCUCCGAACUCAUUGGCAGUCAUUGCUGAGUUUGCAGAGUUAGAAAUGGCAGAGUGAUGUGUGUGAUUUUACUUACCCUGUAACAGUGUUGGUGCAAGAACUAUUUGAGCGCAGUUCUGUAAAUGACAAAUAUCUUCUACAAGAAUGCUUACUGUUUAUGCUAUAUUAAAACCAUUAUUGCCAGUAAACUUGCAUUUCCUGU